CAUUCCUAGACAUUGCAAUCUCUAAAUUAUUCUUACAACUUCAAAAGUUUCAAAACCACUAAAAAUUAUUCCCAGAACUUGAAUCACAUCAAUUUCAACAUAUUAUUAUAUUUUUAUUACUAUAAAUAUAUACAUACACUAUAUACACAUUUGGAAGUACAAAUUAACAACAAAUUUAAAGAUUAUAAUGGGGCUAAUGAGCAUGGACCAACCUCAAUUGUUGUCUAAGAUAGCCACUGGUGAUGGACAUGGUGAAUCAUCAUCUUAUUUUGAUGGAUGGAAGGCUUAUGAUAAAGACCCUUUUCAUCUUACCAAAAAUCCUCAUGGUGUUAUCCAAAUGGGUCUUGCAGAAAAUCAGCUUACUGCUGACUUGGUUCAAAAUUGGAUAAUGAGUAACCCAGAAGCCUCAAUUUGCACUUUAGAAGGAGUGCAUAAUUUCAAACACAUGGCUAAUUUUCAAGAUUAUCAUGGUCUACCCGAGUUCAGAAAUGCUGUGGCUAAAUUCAUGAGUAGAACAAGAGGAAACAGAGUGACAUUUGAUCCUGAUCGUAUUGUAAUGAGUGGUGGAGCAACUGGAGCACAUGAAGUCACUGCUUUUUGUUUGGCAGAUCCUGGUGAUGCUUUUUUAGUGCCUACUCCUUAUUAUCCAGGUUUCGAUCGAGAUUUAAGGUGGAGAACUGGAGUUAAACUUGUUCCAGUAAUAUGUGAAAGCUCAAACAAUUUCAAAUUAACAAGACAAGCCUUAGAAGAAGCCUAUGAAAAAGCCAAAGAAGAUAACAUUAGAAUAAAGGGUUUGCUGAUUACAAAUCCUUCAAAUCCAUUAGGCACAGUUAUGGACAGAACCACAUUAAGAACAGUUGUGAAUUUCAUCAAUCAAAAGCGUAUUCACCUAAUAAGCGAUGAAAUAUACGCUGCUACUGUUUUCAGCCAUCCAAGUUUCAUAAGCGUGGCUGAGAUAAUAGAACAAGACACAGACAUCGAAUGCGACCGUGACCUCAUUCACAUAAUUUAUAGUCUUUCAAAAGACAUGGGAUUCCCGGGUUUUAGAGUUGGUAUAAUUUAUUCUUAUAAUGACAGUGUUGUUAAUUGUGCGCGAAAAAUGUCAAGUUUUGGAUUAGUCUCAACACAGACUCAAUAUCUGAUGACAAAAAUGCUAUCAGAUGACGAGUUUGUGGAGAGGUUUCUUGGGGAGAGUGCAAAGAGGUUAGCACAACGGUACAGAAUUUUCACUGGUGGAUUAGUUAAAGUCGGAAUUAAGUGUUUGCAAAGUAACGGUGGUCUUUUCGUUUGGAUGGAUUUACGGGAUCUUCUAAAGAAGCCUACGUUUGAAUCAGAAUUGGAACUUUGGAGAGUGAUUAUUCAUGAAGUUAAGAUUAAUGUUUCACCAGGUUGUUCUUUUCAUUGUUCUGAGGCAGGGUGGUUUAGAGUGUGUUAUGCAAAUAUGGAUGAUAGAGCAUUGCAAAUUGCUUUACAAAGGAUUAGAUCAUUUGUUCUUCAGAAGAAUAAGGAGGUUAUGGUUUCUGACAAGAAUUCUAAACCUUGUUGGCAUAGUAAUUUGAGGCUAAGCCUUAAAUCAAGAAGGUUUGAUGAUAUUAUGAUGUCACCUCAUUCUCCAAUUCCUCAGUCACCACUUGUCAAAGCUACUACUUGAAUUCCCAUAAUUCUCAUUACCAUAUAGAAACAAUAACUUUUAGAUUUUUUUUUGUGUUGGUUUGUUGAUUUGUUAUUUUGAUGGGGCAUUUUUUGCUUUUUUCACUUACUGAAUCAUAGGUUUGUAGUGAAAAAAGUUUAUGAAAUUUGUAAGGUUAAUUAUUUGUUUGGAAGAAUCCAGAAAAUAUAUGUAUUCUGUUACUUAAAUUUGUAAGGCCAAUGAUGAAUGAAUCGUUAAUAAAUUAAGGUUUUCAAAAAACUGUA